AUGGCUAGGCCACCCGACUCGUGGUCCCAAGACCCUUAUGCUCCACGACACGCUUCCUAUUAUCCUCCAGAACAGCGUAGCCAUGAGUUGCGCUUGCCUCCACUUCCUAGCCUGGUUACCGGACCACACGCGACGCAAGGGCCGUCGAAUGGCAGGCUCCCGGCCGCUUAUAGACAUAACCCUUAUGAGGACCGGUACGCGAUCUCCUCACCUACCCACCAUAGCCCGCAGUCGCCAAUGCUAGGCAUUGGGCCACGUACAACGACGCCGAGUCCUUACCCUAGGCGACCCGUCGAGGCUGCUGGUCAUCCUCGUCCUGCGCACCCGCCUAAUGUGGGUGACAGACCCGGAGACCCGCCGGAGCACAUCCGACUUCGGCAACUCAGCGGCGAACCAAGCCCCAUGCAGGCUCCAAGGUUACCCAUACAGCCGAGACAAAUGAUGGGAUCUCCCCGACAGCAUCACUACACCGAAAUUCAACCCGUCAGACGUGCUUCAGAUUAUCAACACCGAGACGUCCGUGCCCAGCGUUCUCCACAGGCGGUAACGCUAGCUCGACAAACAUGGGCACCCCCAGCCGAACCUCGGGCUACGGAGCGGAUUAGUAUAUCAGAGUUAUUAAGCGACGAGCCGAAGUCCGAGUCCAAGUCGAAGGCUCCCGAGCGCAGGCGAGCUCCCGCCGCCGUCGCCGCAACGUCCUCGACGUAUAGGUUACACGUACGCCAGCAACCGGCUGCCGCGAGAUCUUGUGGAUUUGGCGAAAGGGACCGCAGAGUUAUUGAUCCUCCUCCGAUCGUACAAGUGUUCAUUGAUGAUCCGAAAGCUUCACAAGAAGAAAUUCGUUCACAGCUCAAAUUCCGAUUCUCGGUGAUGCAUUGCACGAUCUGGAACCAAACAGGUGACCAGGAUUGCUCGGGCAUGCCGGACGAUUACCGACAGCAGCGAAGACUAAUGGGGACGAUCGUAUCAUCACCCUUUGUGGGCUUCGACGAGAACAACGAGGAGGGAUGUUUCUUUUGCUUUCCCGACUUAUCUUGCCGGACGCCCGGUACGUUUCGUCUGCGAUUCAGCUUGGUGGUUUUGGACCCGAACUCGGUGCCGGGGUCGAGGACACCGGUAUGCGCCAUCGCCAUGAGUAACGAAUUUACCGUCUAUAAUGCCAAAGACUUUCCGGGGAUGCGGGCAAGUACAGCGUUAACCAAGAGACUUAAAGAGCAAGGAUGCCUCAUUUCUAUCAAGAAGGGAAACGAGAGGAGCCAUGCGCGUGACGAUAGUGAUGAAGACGACGAGGACGAAGAAGACGGGGGUGGAUCGGCGCAACGCCGAGUAAAACGGACUAGAAGAUCUUGA